AUGGCGGAGAAAGCGGAGGGGAAUGAGUCGGAAAGCGAAGGAAAGGAGAGGCAGGGGGAGAGAUAUAGAGCGACACAAGCCGACGAGCGUUGGAGGACGAUCAACUUACUUACCCAGUCUAAGACGUGGGUCUUGAAUGUUGUGAGUGUAACAAGUGUUACCGGACUUAUAGUAGGGUCGGCUGCUUGUUUUCUUCUUUCCUCCUUUGAGACUGAAGGAGAGUGGAUCUGGUCACGGCGUGAGAGGGAAGACAUUCCCUUUGAAAGAGCCGGUCAGAUGGUGAAGACGAAGCCGCAGAAUAACUCCAUCCGUCAUGCUGGAUGGACCUGCGGGUCAAUACUUGGGUAA